UUCCCUAGUUCCUGGUUCGCCGGCGGCCAUUUUGGGUGGAAGCGAUCACUGAGUGGCGGCGGCUGCUGAUUGUGUUCCAAGGGUCGGAGCGGGGUCGACGUUUGUUCUACCGGAACAGCUUAGCUCACUCCUUCCCUUCCAUAACCCGUGGCGCGGAGAGUCGGGGCGGCGGCUGCGUCAGCAAGGGCGGUGGCGGCGGCGGCAGCUGCAGUGACAUGUCCAGCAUGAAUCCCGAAUAUGAUUAUUUAUUCAAGUUACUUCUGAUUGGCGAUUCUGGAGUUGGAAAGUCUUGCCUCCUCCUUAGGUUUGCAGAUGAUACAUACACGGAAAGCUAUAUCAGCACAAUUGGUGUGGAUUUCAAGAUACGAACUAUAGAGUUAGACGGGAAAACAAUCAAACUUCAGAUAUGGGACACAGCAGGCCAGGAACGAUUUCGAACAAUCACCUCCAGUUACUACAGAGGAGCCCAUGGCAUCAUAGUUGUGUAUGAUGUGACAGAUCAGGAGUCCUUUAAUAAUGUUAAACAGUGGCUGCAGGAGAUAGAUCGCUAUGCCAGUGAAAAUGUCAACAAGUUGUUGGUAGGGAACAAAUGUGACUUGACCACAAAGAAAGUAGUAGACUACACAACAGCAAAGGAAUUUGCCGAUUCCCUUGGAAUUCCAUUUUUGGAAACCAGUGCUAAGAAUGCAACGAAUGUAGAACAGUCUUUCAUGACGAUGGCCGCUGAGAUUAAAAAGCGAAUGGGUCCUGGAGCAACAGCUGGUGGUGCAGAGAAGUCCAAUGUUAAAAUCCAGAGCACUCCAGUCAAGCAGUCAGGUGGAGGUUGCUGCUAAAAUUUGCCUCCGUCCUUUUCUCACAGCAAUGAAUUCGCAAUCUGAACCCAAGUGAAAAACAAAAUUGCCUGAAUUGUACUGUAUGUAGCUGCACUACAACAGAUUCUUACCGUUUCCACAAGGUCAGAGAUUGUAAAUGGUCAAUACUGACUUUUUUUUUAUUCCCUUGACUCAAGACAGCUAACUUCAUUUUCAGAACUGUUUUAAACCUUUGUGUGCUGGUUCAUAAAAUAAUGUGUGUAAUCCUUGUUGCUUUCCUGAUACCAGAUUGUUUCCCGUGGUUGGUUAGAAUUUAUUUUGUUUUGAUGUUUAUAUUGGCAUGUUUUAGAUGUUGGGUUUAGUCUUCUGAAGAUGAAGUUCAGCCAUUUUGUAUCAAACAGCACAACCAGUGUCUGUCAAUUUCCAUGCAUAAAGUUUAGUGAGAUGUUCUAUGUAAGAUCUGAUUUGCUAGUUCUUCCUUGUAGAGUUAUAAAUGGAAAGAUUACACUAUCUGAUCAAUAGUUUCUUCAUACUCUGCAUAUAAUUUGUGGCUGCAGAAUAUUGUAAUUUGUUGCACACUAUGUAACAAAACUGAAGAUAUGUUUAAUAAAUAUUGUACUUAUUGGAAGUAAUAUCAAACUGUAUGGUGAUAAGUAUUGUUUUAAUUCUUAUGGUUAAAGGGAAAUAGAGGUUUGCAUUAUACUCAACAGCCAUUUGUGUGUGCAGCAAGGGCACUGUAGACCUAUCUUAUAGCACAGCAUCCAGUGUUUGCUUUCUAGUAAUAGACCUGCUAAGUGACCUAGAGAAGCUUCUGUGCUGUGUAGAUUGAACCAGCUUCAUUGGUUCAAGGAGCUCAAACUGUAUGGAAAACAAGUUUAGAAUGUACGCUCCCUACGCUUCAUCUCCAGUCCUAAAACCAUCUGAAGUGGCUUCACUGGCAACACUUUUUCAUGUGUCUGUGGUAGAGCUGGAGAGCAGCACAUGCUUCCUUCCGCACAGCAGCGACCUGGUAAAAUGUGCUGGUGCUCCCUCCAUGCUCUGAGUCAGAUGUCACACAUUAUUAUUAUUGUUAUUUUUGCUUUUGGAGACAGGGUUUCUCUGUGUAGUCCUGGCUGUCCUGGAACUUACUGUGUGAACCAGGCUGACCUCGAACUCAGGGAUCCACCUGUCUCUGCCUCCAAAGUGCUGGGAUUAAAGGCAUGCACCAGCAUGCCUGGCUUUUUCUGUUUUUUUUUGUUUUUUUUUUUUUUUGUUGUUGUUUUUUUUUUUUGAGACAGAGUCUCACUAUGUAACCCUUACUGGCCUGGAAGUUAGUAUGUGCAACAAACUGAUCCCUCACAGAGACCCACCUGCCUUUUCUUCCCAAAUGGUGGGAUUAAAGGCAUGUACUACAAUACCCAGACUACACCGUUUUUUUUGAGACAGUGUCUCAUGUAGCUCAAGAGGCCUCAAAAUCACUUGUAACCAAGGAUGGCCUUGAACUCCUGAUCCUCCUGCCUCCACUUCCAGGUGUCAACUUUUUAUUCUUUCCAAUUGUAUAACUCAUGUUGGAGGAGAGUUUAAGCAUUAGAAUAGAAAGCAGGAAAUGUUGAUUGCCCUAAUUGUAGAAAUUCUAUCUCCUGAAAAUUAACUCAAAACAUGAACGGUAGAUGGGAAUGAUGAGAGAAUAAUAUAUUUCGGUGAAAUUUUUGCAUGUGUGAAAGUUUUGUUAACUAGGAACUUUGAGAUCCUAGACUUUGCUUUUGUCUUACAGUGGGAAACAAAGUCUCUUAGGGACACUAGCAUUUAAGGUGACAGAGGUCAGAGAUUGUUUCCUUCGGUUUAAGCAGCAGCCAAACAUUCUUCAAUUGGGGGCUUAGGAUGUGGCUGUUGACAACACAUUUUAUUAUGGGGUCUUUAAUGAUAAAAUAUUAAGCUAAAAAUAAGUCAAAAAUUACAGGUUUCUUUAUUUUUCACUAAACAGACAAUUGAAAUACAUGGUACAAAAAUAAGUGGUAAGAUUAUUGUAAAAUGAAAAAUGGACAGAAUAAAUAUUCAAUUUAAUUUUCCAUCUAUGAGAAUUUCACAAUAAAAUCAUAGUUUACUUUGUA